AUGAAUCAAGACAAAGAUGAGAUUGGAUUAUUUGAAGAUAAAAAUGAAGAAAUUAAAAAAGAAGAAGAGGAAAAUGCUUGGGAGGAUGAAGAUGACCAAAAUAAAGUAAAAAUAGCAACAAGUAAGAGAUAUGAAGAUAUUUGGAAAAGAAAAGAGGUUGAAGAAGAAUUAGAUGAAAAUGAUAAAACAUUAUUAAAAACUGAAGUCAAACGAGAGAAAAAAGGAAAAAAAAUCAAUGAGUUAAAUUUUGAGUUAUUAAGGAAUGCAACAAUGUUAAGAAAAAGUAAAGGGAUUAUUACUGGAACACAAUUUUAUGAUAAAACACCUAUUUUAAUGACAAGUGGAAGAGAUCAAUUUCUUCAUUUAUUUGCAAUGAAAAAAGAUAAAUGUUUUCCUAUUGGAGAUAGAUUACUUGAUCAACCAAUUGAAUUAGCAAAAUUUGUUGAUGAAUCUGUUUUAAUGACAUUUAAUAAACCAAAAGUAUCAUUAUAUGAUAUGAAUUCACAUAAAAUAAAAAAUAUUCCAAAACUUGAUGGAUAUGAUGAAAUAGACCUAAAUUAUUUUACUGUUGGAUCACAAUAUAUUUCAUUUAUUAAUGACGGUAAUCUCAGUUCAAUUCUUGUUGAUAAAAAAUCAUUUCAAGUUAUUGAUGAAUUAAAAGGUGCUAGACAAAUAUUAGGAAGUGUAUUUCAUCCAACUGAAGAUGUAUAUUUAACAUCAGGUAAUUAUGGUACAAUUAAUAUUUGGGACCUUAAAAAGAUGAGAUGUAGAUCAUUAGUAUAUGAUGAAGGUGCAAUUAAUGUUACUUCUCUAGCAAUUUCAAAUAAUGGAGAAUAUAUUGCAUGUGGAUCAGAUGGAGGAAUUGUCAAUUUAUAUGAAUGGAAAUCUUUUGAAAAAGAUUCUCAUCCAAAACCACUUCAUACAUUUAAGAAUCUUGUUAAUGAUUGUAAUCAUCUUGUUUUUAGAAAUGGUCUUCUUUUAAUGUCAUCUUCAAAAGGAGAUAAACAAAUAAGAAUUGCUAAUGUCCAACAAAGAGUUGUUUAUUCUAAUUUCCCUGGAUUUUCUAAGUUUGGAAGAAUUCAAGAAAUAGACCUUUCUCCAAAUGCUCGUUAUAUGGCAUUUGGUAAUUCAACAGGAAAUGUAAGUCUUGUGAAAUUAACUGAUAUGCCUGGUUAUUGA